AUGAUGGGCGUCGAGGGGCCGCCCAUCGCGUUCUGGCGCCCCACCGAGCCCCGCGACCUCCCCCGCAUCCUGGAGCUGGCCGAGCAGUCGGACGCCACGAGCAUCUUCGGCGAGGUGGAGGACAUCCCCGCCACGCUGGAGCGCUGCGUGCUGUCGCUGUGUCAGCUGAACGUGCUGGGCGAGGUGGUGGCCUGUCUGUGCCUCUCCAACUGGCCGCUGUGCCCGGCGCUGCACCCGGCCGCCAGCCCCGAGUGGCUCAACCCCCUGUACGACCUCCACCUGGGCGCCACGUCCACGCUGCUCGUGCGCCUGCUCGUCUGGGACGCCCGGUACAUGGUGACGUGCGCCCACUUACUGCUGUACUCCGUGUUCGUCACGUUGCCGGCCCUCGACCAGGUGGUCAUCGUGGUGCCCGCCAAGACCCCUCCGAGUCACUGUGAAGAUAACGAUGAUCUGCUACGUAUCUUUGACCAGCAUUCCCUGCGGCUUCGUCAACUUUACGGAGAGUUUUACAUCACCGAGCUCAUAACCAACCCCGAGUCUAGAAAGAUUUUGGUGGCGGAAGAGCCCAAGCGGCGGAAACUGAAGCAGGACUGGGAAAUGCGCGCGAGGGCCAUCGGCGUGAUGGUGCUCAACACGGACGUGAACCUGGCGCUGCUGAACGCCCACUUCCAGCUGCUGCCGUUCUACGGGCUCCGCCAGCCCCACACCCGCGACGUGCUCAACCUGCCGGGCUGGGCCAAGCCGCGGCCCGAGAUGGAGCAGGCCCUGCGCGACACCCAGCAAAAGCCGUUGAGUAUGCGCUUCCGACCGACUGGCCGGGCCUCUCGUUCUCCUUCCAAGUGA